CAAGCUGCAAUCGAGCAAGCCGCUAGAGCAAGGCCACAUGGAGUUGAAAUGCCCAAGAGGUUGGAUUUCACUUCUCAAAAGAUACACCAAGAAUACUUAUGCUUCAAGACUUUAGCAAAAAAGGUUUUAGAAUGCUAUGGCAGGCUUGAGGACAAUGUUAAAGUGAACAGAGUGCUAAUGUGGAUGGGGCCAGAGGCAUGCAUCAAACACGAGCUACACCCAUUCCCCCCGGAGACAAGGAAAAAUUCACCCCGCUGUGGAACUUCUUUGACAAUUUGUGUUCCACGAAGGAAGGUUGCCAAGGCUCGUGGAGCACCGCGAGAAUGA